AGGCAGUUUAUCUCCAUGCUGCAGCCUGGGGUCAACAAAUUCUCCCUGCGCAUGUUUGGCAGUCAUAAGGGUGUUGCUGCUGAGCAGGCCAGGGUCAAGAGCUUUGGAGUGUGGAUCAUUCACCCCUACAGUGACUUCAGGUUUUACUGGGACAUUGUGAUGCUCCUGUUGAUGAUGAGUAAUCUGGUCAUUUUGCCAUGGGGCAUCACCUUCUUUGAGGACCAGAACACCAUGCCCUGGAUCACCUUUAACGUCCUGUCUGACACUCUCUUCCUCAUGGACUUGGUUUUUAAUUUCCGCACUGGCAUCCCAGGAGAGGACAGCCACAUCAUCCUGGACCCCAAAGAAAUCCGCAUGCAUUACCUCCGCACCUGGUUCAUAGUGGACUUUGUCUCCUCCAUUCCUGUUGACUACAUUUUCCUCAUCGUGGACCUGGAGUCCCGGCACGAGUCAUCUGAUGUGUACCGCACCGCCCGUGCUCUUCGCAUCGUACGCUUCACCAAGAUCCUCAGUCUGCUGCGUCUUCUGCGACUGUCACGCCUCAUCCGCUACAUCCACCAGUGGGAAGAGAUAUUCCAUAUGACAUACGACCUGGCCAGUGCUGUGGUGCGUAUAGUCAACUUGAUCGGCAUGAUGCUGCUGUUGUGUCACUGGGAUGGCUGUCUGACCUUCAUGGUGCCUAUGCUGCAGGACUUUCCCCCAGACUGCUGGGUAUCUAAAAAUAAUAUGGUGAACGAUACAUGGCACAUACAGUACUCCUAUGCCCUCUUUAUGGCCAUGAGCCACAUGCUGUGUAUAGGGUACGGAGCUCACCCUCCAGAGGGUAUGUCGGAUGUUUGGCUCACCAUGAUCAGCAUGGUGGUGGGGGCCACCUGCUAUGCCAUGUUCCUCGGCCAUGCAACUAACCUGGUGCAGUCUUUGGAUGCGUCACAUCGGCAGUAUCAAGAGAAGUAUAAACAAGUGGAGCAGUACAUGUCGUUCCAUAAACUGCCAGCAGAUGUGAGACAAAGGAUCCACGAUUAUUACGAGCAGCGAUUCCAGGGCAAGAUGUUUGACGAGGACAGCAUCCUGGGAGAGCUCAGUGAUCCGCUCAAGGAGGAGAUCGUCAGCUAUAACUGCCGUGGUCUGGUAGCCAACAUGCCACUGUUUGCCAACACUGACCCUCACUUUGUGACAGUGAUCCUGACCAAGCUGCGCUUUGAAGUCUUUCAGCCCGGAGACUUAAUAAUACGAGAAGGAACUCUUGGUCGCAAAAUGUAUUUCAUCCAGCAUGGCACUGUCACCGUCAUCCCACGUGGAAACAAGGAGAUUAAGCUCAAUGAUGGAGCAUAUUUUGGAGAGAUCUGCCUGCUGACCCAGGGUCGACGUACAGCCACUGUAAAGGCUGACACCUACUGUCGUCUUUACUCCCUGAGUGUGGACAGUUUUAACGAGGUCCUGGAGGAGCAUCCUCUAAUGAGACAAGCGUUUGAGAACGUGGCUGUGGACCGACUGGGCCGGGUCGCUCAUAAAGCCAGUCAUCGGCCUUCAGCUGCUGAGUGACCUCAUCAGUACUAACAGGGACAAAUUCGAGCCAGAACUAAGGAAAUAAAGGCAGCAGUUUUACAGAGCUUAACCACACAAGAGAGGAAACCUGGCAUGUUGUUUUCACACAUCGCUGGACAACCAGAUAGAAACCCUCUAUUUAUUUAUAUACAUAUUACUGCUUCACUUUGCUGGAAAUAUUUUACUAUCAGCUCAGUUCUCUUUUGCUUGAAUCUCAAUAAGCUAUCUGAUCAUUGUACACUUCUCUGAUCUGUUGAUCAUGCACCAGGAUGAAAAAGUCUCUAUUUGCACUAAGCUUUUCCACGUGUACACACUACUCUAAGUAUGAUUUUUAUCAGCCUUUAAGCUUUCUGAGACUACGGCGUUAUUAACCACCCCACCAUUCAUAACAGAUAUUGGAAGCACGCACGAGCACCAGCUGGUCGAUUCAUCACACAGCUGCAUGUAUAUAGCUCUGAUUUAAAUGAUCCCUCAGGUCUAAAGGUUGAAUCAAGUGAAGCUUUAAUUCCAGUGUUCAGUGAGGAUAAGCUGCUGUGAUGUAAUAACUGUACAGAGACAGACUGUAUACACAGUGAUUCAUAACCAUUUAAAUUACCAAUGCAGAAGUCAUUGAAUGUGAAGUUUGGGGAAAUCUUUCUAAAAUAAACCUCUAUGAUUAAAUAUCUAGUAUAAAUAGAAGGGUUGAUUUUCCCCAUACACAUUUAUUUAAUUUAAUGAUUUUCUUGUACCUAUUUAAAUUUAAUUUACUGACUUUAUUUUCAAAAUGUUGAGGAAAAAUACAUUCCCUAUGUUAAUUAACAGGUAAGAAUGAAGACUGUAGUGUUUGCUGCACAUGGCCUAUGUUAUGUUUAAUUUUAUGUAAUUUUCCUUUUAUCAUAUUAUGACUGGCUGGAAAAAAAGACCAAAAAUAAGAGUCAUAGCUUAUUUUCUGUUUCAACAACAUCCAGAAAGGGUUAACACUAUUAUGCUGACAGUUACUGGAAAUAAUAAAUUUAACCUUCAUAAAAGAAGGCUUAAAUUUUAGUCACCUUCUCUCAUAUGUCACAUAUCUCUCACAUGUGUGUCUGUCACUGUGCUGAAUGAUAUAAUGUGGGUUUGUUUUCGCCUAAAUCUGAGAAAAGACCGACAUGACAAUAUAAAUCUGAUAUCAUAUUAGUUAAUUUUAAACCACAGAGCUCAGCCUAUCCUUUUCAUUAAUUGAACUUUCUGCUUAACUGUUGUCCUACUGAAAAUGU